GACCCGUGUGUAAUCCUCAGACAGAGAAACAACAGGAAGAGAGAGAGGAGAGGAGAGGAGCCGGCGACACAAAUAUUCAUUACAGAUCCUUAUAUAUCGCCGACAAUUUACGCAGCACUUUACAUAUAUAUUAUACAUUCACAUCAGAGAUAGAUUUUGUUUUAUAUUUUUAAUAAUAUACAUUGUAACGCAACAAUUUAUAGAUCGCAGGAGACAGAUACCACAGAUACAUUAUUACAUUGAUACAAUGAUUUACUGAUCGAUACCCGGAGCGACCCUUCAAUACCCGGAGCGACCCUUGAAUACCCGGAGCGACCCUUGAAUACCCGGAGCGACCCUUGAAUACCCGGAGCGACCCUUCAAUACCCGGAGCGACCCUUCAAUACCCGGAGCGACCCUUGAAUACCCGGAGCGACCCUUCAAUACCCGGAGCGACCCUUCAAUACCCGGAGCGACCCUUCAAUACCCGGAGCGACGCGCAGGCAGCGGCGGAGUUCAAGGCGGAACAACGAAGAUUAAAUGAACUGACCGCCGUCUGUAUCCUCCUCUCUACAUGACAGUGCAGGACAAUGGAGUCGGAUAUUAUAGACGCCUGGCUCAGAUCCUGGAGGCUGGAGGCUCCGCUGCCCCCCCAGAACUUUUCCGAUUGCCCCAAUGGCACUGAGUGGGUGUGGAACAUCUUCAAGGAAUGUGCGUCGGACGGGCGGGACGUGGCGAGCGUCCUACUGGGGCUCAUCUCCAUCCUGUGCUUCGUCUUCUCCUCCUUCCCGCAAUGCUACAGGUCAUGUAAGACGGGGAACAUGGACAAGGCUCUGUCUAUCUGGUUCCUGUUGGGGUGGCUGGCCGGGGACUCCUGUAACUUUGUGGGGGCCUUUCUGUCACACCAGCUGCCAAUUCAGGUUUACACAGCGAUUUACUACGUGGUGGCCGACUUCUUUAUGCUCUUCCUCUACAUCUACUACAAAUAUCGCAACCAGCAGACCAGCCCGUCUCUCAUCGUAAACGCCAUCGGUGGCUUUGCUCUGAUUGGCUCCGCCGCUGCUGUGUUCCAGCUGGGUGACUCUAGAUUGGCCGCCAUAGACUACCACAGCUCUCCCGGAGGACGGCACUUGCUCGCGGCCGACCAAUCUGAUGCCGAGGUUUGUAUGUUAUGGAGACCUAAAAUCUGAUUUUAGUGGAAGAAU